AUGCCGCCCAAAAAGAAAGAGGGACAGCAAAAGUCUCGUGCCAAUCUUGGUGAAGAUGACGCCUUGGAAUGGCUCAAACCGCGCCAGUUAAUAAAACCUGAUGAACAAGAAGAUGUUGCGGAAUCUGAUUUAGUAGAAGAGGUCGGACGUAUUUUAACAACGCUUAAUCCUCAAUGGGUGUUGGAUGAAGUGGCUUACCACUAUGGCCGGCACCAAUUUCUGGUAAAGCCAAAACCGACGUUCGGGAAAGCAUACCCUUUAUUAAUUAUUGCUGGUACGGCUAUACGUAAGGACUCUGAAGAAGCAAAAGCCCAAAUAAGCGCUGGAUAUGGUAUGGUUGGAUUUGAUGAUGCUGGGCCUAAAAAGGUAAAAGUUAAGAAGUCUUCUGCCGAGGAAGAGGAAGAAGAGGAAAAAGAAGCUGCUGCUCCUGCUGAUGAGCCUGCAGGCGAAGAGGAUGUAGCGCAUGACGAAGAGAAACCUGCCGAUGAACCAAAAGAAGAGGCUCCACCACCACCAGAAACGGUAGAAGCCGUUGAAGAAGUUGUUCCUGAAGUGGUCGAAGAGGAAGCUGAACCUGACGAUGGACAAGCGGCGACCCUGGACGCAGCAUUAAGUGUCUUGGACAUCAAACCGAGAGUGAAGAAAUUAGCUAACCAAUUCAACUUCUGUGAACGAGCUGCUCUGACCUACAACUUUCCAAGACGAUCGAUUGAUACACAAACUAUCCCGCCACCGAGAGCCACCUACGGAUCAACGGCUCUUCAAUGCAUUAUAUUCGACUACUAUACAGAAGAUUACGCCAAGAAAAUGAAAGAGAAGGAGGAAGAGAAGCCUAAGAGAAUGAAGAAAAAAGAAACGAAGCAUGAGAAGACAGCUCAACAGAUCCACGACGAGCAUCUGGCACAACGUAUCAGGGAAGCCUGGUCCAUUCUUGAGAGGCUCGUCAAUCAGAACGUCUAUGAUGAUAUAGCUCAAGAUUAUCGUUACUGGGAUGAUCCAUCCGACGAGUUCCGUGAAGGUAUGGGGUCACUGCUGCCGUUGUGGAAGUUUCAAUUCGAUCCAAUGUCAAAACACGCCGUCUGUGAUGUACAAUGGAACACACACUAUCAGGAUCUUUUCGCUGUGGCAUACGGCUCUUUGGACUUCACGAACCAACAAAAGAACGGUUGCUUAUGUAUGUACAGCAUCAAGAAUCCCGCCUACCCCGAAUAUGCUGUCAUUACGGAGUCCCCAGUAAUAUGCAUCGAUGUAUACAGGGAAAUACCUUACCUUUAUUGUGUUGGACUGUAUGAUGGAAACGUUUGCGUGUACAAUGCACAGUUAACACUACAAGCGGCGUACCAAUACAAAUCGGAUUCGGUUAGAGAUAAACACAGCAACAUUGUGUGGGAGAUCCGAUGGGGUCCCCGCUUAAUCGACGGAGAGGCAUCAUUCUUCUCGAUAUCCGGAGAUGGCCGUGUAGUGCAGUGGGCUGUGAUGCCAGGUGAACUUCAAGCCACUACGAUCAUCACACUGUCUUCCAACGCACCGCCUAUAGCUGGCCCUGAUGGAACCAUGCUCACCGUCAACAGUUGCGGAAGCUGUAUUUGCUUCCACCCAGAGAAUCCUGAGCUGUUUCUUGUUGGGACCGAAGACGGGAUGAUCCACACUUGUUCUCUCAAGUACAACAGGAACUACGUGCGAUCCGUGCAAGGACACCACAUGCCCGUCUACAGAAUCCAUUAUAACUACUUUAAUAACAGCAUCUACGCGUCAUGCUCCGGCGACUGGAGAGUCAAAAUAUGGGAAGAUGGACGGGACGAGCCAUUGUUCAUGUUCGAGCUCGGUUCGCCCGUGGGUGACGUAAAAUGGGCUCCGUACUCCAGCACGGUUUUCGCAGCGUGCACUGCAGAUGGCAAGGUUUACGUAUUCGACUUGAACGUGGACAAAUACAGGCCUAUUUGCGUGCAAGCCGUUGUCUCCAAGAAAACUAAGAAACUGACCCGAUUGGACUUCAACGAGAGGUUACCGGUCAUUGUCUGCGGAGAUACGAAAGGCACGUGUCACGUGUUAAAAUUAUCACCGAAUUUACGAGUUAUGUGUAAACCACCCAAAAAAGCAAAGGAAGUAAUUGAACAGAAAACACUUCAGAUAAUGAAGCUGGAUAAACUCAUUAGUUUAGUACGAGACCCUCCUUUCCAAACUGGCGUGGUUGACGAAAAGUUUGAAGACGAUUAA